AUGGACGUGGUGGUCGAGACCGAAACUCGUUUGGUCGAGGGCAAGGCAACUCAUAUGGCCGUGGCUCCUAUGGAGGCCGUGGACAUGGCCGAGGCCGUCGGAAACGUGUACUGGUUUUCUCAAGACAAGGAAGCAGGAGGAGACGUUCCCCGUUUUUUACUCUGUUUUGAUUUCACAGCAGAGAGAUUUGUUCUGCGUCUGCCUUUGCCGUUUGAGUCUUACUUUGAAGAUGAGAACUUGCAUACGUAUGAGAUGGAGGUAUGGGUUACGACCAAGAUUGAGACAAAUGGAGUGUCUUGGAGCAAGUUCUUAGCGGUGGAUAUGUCGCCACUCACUUGGUUUCAGUUCUUUAGUGGUGGGAGUUUUCUUAUUGAUGAGGAGAAGAGAGUUGUAGUUGUUUUCGAUGGAGAUAAAAAUGAAUCGGAAACUAAUCGCAACACAGCUUAUUUCGUUGGGGAAAAUGAUUACUUUAAGUAA